CAGGAAGUGAAGUUUGAAUUUACUCACAAUGGAGGCUGAGCCCUGGUCCACCCUGUGCACGGUCUCCCAUGCCAGCCAGCGCUACCUGUGCCUCUGCAGAGUCCAGACUGGCACCGACCUCAGGAUACAUGUGACUAACGGCAAUGAAGUGUGGAGGACGGACCCCAUAGAGGAGGCCCUGGAGGAAUGGGACGCGGUUCGUAAUGUGACCUCACGUGAUCUGGUGAGCAAAUUGCGGGAACACUUCCAGAGCAGCCCCCCACUUCUAGCGGUGCAGGGCAGCAUUGUGAGCUUGUCUUUCCAGGUGGAUUCUGGGAAGUUUUCCCUGGACCUCUUAAAGGUUCCCAUCUCUGAGGCGCGAGCGCAGGUGCAAGAUGUGUUAUUCCACUUGUCGGAUCGAGUGAGGAGUUUAGAGGCGCUUCUUAAAGAUAGGGAGGACAGCGCCGCUCCGUCCGUCAGUCCAGCGAAGCAAUCGCAGAGGAACCAGCUGCUCCUUAUUCCAGAUGUUAGAAAGAAAGGUUUUGGGGGGUCGUCCUCACAGGUGAAGAAGAGGCUCCCUGGGGAAUCGCUUAUUAAUCCUGGCUGUAAGAGUAAAAAAGCAGCCAAGGGGGUCGAUUUUGAAUAAUCAUGAGGACGUGCAGGAAGGUAACGUUAUCUUAAACCGGCGGUGGCCAUUUUGUGAUCUUAAGCAGGAGGUGGCCUCUAUGUACAAGGAACCUGCAACUCACGAAAGUAGAAAAUGCAUAUUAUUACAUUAGGGAAGAGCCUUGUGGCGUUACCACAACCUCAAUAUUUCCCUAUGGGGAUAAAUUCACGGAUCAAUAGCAAAAAUUCCAAUAUGUCCGCCAGUGUACUUUUUAUUGUAUCUCGCAUUUGCGACCGCAUUGGCAUUUAUUGCUUGCAAUGUCGCAAUUCGACUUUGUUGUCACGCCCUAACCUUGUAGCAGAACAUUAAGGAAGUGAUAUUGAUGCCAAAAGUCGCCAUGGAGGUUCCGACGGAUGGAACUCUACCCAAUCAGUUGAAACUCUCUUUAGGGUGAAGACUGCGAUUGUAAAUAUGGAGGCAGCACUGCGUUAUCACAUGACUAUCGCAAGAUCAUGGCGAUGGAGACACUGCGCCUAGAAGGAGAAUGUAAUGCAGUUACCAUGGUAACGGCUUGAGACCUGUAGGCAGACAGUUAUCGGAGGCUUUCGUCGUGGCUACAUUUUCCACAUUCACUAUAAAAUAUGACAGAACUGGAAGAAACAGCGAAUGGAUUAAAAGAAUCCUUCAUGGGAACACAAGGUUAUAUACAAAAUGGCUGCCAACUUUCCUGUGAGGAAACGAGGACUGCAGACAUAAAAUGGAGGAGAUGUCCUGAGCAGCCAAUCACAUUGCUUCUUUCAGUCUCUAACUUGUGCUGGACAAAAUGAUAGCUGGAUCCUGAUUGGUUGCCAUGGGCAGCCCUAGCAACCACAUGUUCUGUGGCCUAGUUAGAACGUCCGCAGUUACCAAUUUGAACACUGCCACAAUAGGAUUCCACGUCUCCACAUCCAUCUUCAUGUCGUUCCGUGGCACGGUCACAUGACUUUGUUUUAAAACGUAUUUAUUUACAAUUGGACUUUUCAGCAAGUUAAAUACAUUUUACAUCAAUGCACAAUGUGAAGAAAAAUAUAUAAAUAUUUUUUAAAGGCCCUGGCGACUUCCAUAAUACUGUUCGCCAUAGCGACAUGUUUACGACAGCGGAUCUUUGCAAAGCCUAAAAAUGUGGAUCAGGUCUUCCAUUUUUUAUAUAUGAAGCCCCUAUUAAAUGGCUUUAACUGUCCAGGGUGAAUCGGAAUUGGUGUGGUUUAGCGACAGCGGCCAUCUUGUAAUGCAGUAAAUUUGCUGGUCCGUAUUUCAGUGCCCGGUGACUUCUUUUCAACAUAAAGGUAGAAAAUGGCUGCUGUCACAGAACUUAAGGUGUGGACGGAAAGGCUCAGCUGAAGAAUGACCUUUUAAUGUGCCUGCUGGCAGCCAUUCUGAGAAGUAGGUCUGAUGACCACAAAAUGGCCGCCGUCAAGCGUGAAAAUAUUAAUGUUUUCAUAUUUUGUUUAAUGGAACUGUAUUUAAUUAAUAUUUUUCAAUAAAAUAAAUGACUUAUU